GGAAGUUGAGUCGUGUGGAUGUCUUUAAUAGUUGCUGUAUAAACUCAUUUGUAGCUGGUUCGUCAGUUUGCUCUUCCGCAUAUUUAAAUUCGUUUCAUGAGUUACAUAAUAAAAACCUGACGCUACAACAACAGUCUGUGCAACGUCAUCCAGGUUUUCCCUUACCCUGCGCUGUUAUAUUUACACUGACCGAAUGUCGCCUCGCCCACUGACUUUUCCCGCGCAUGGCUGUUCGGCACGCCUUCUGUAGCAUGGAACUGUUUCAUUUUCUCCUUCACCCAGUUAUUCCGGAAAAGUUCAGGGUUUCUCAAAACGGUUAUGGCGCCCUAGCAGCUAAAUAAGUGCUGCCGUGUAUAAUGUCUGUUCGCAGUUGCUGAGAGUGUGACACGGGUUACGUACAAUUUCGGGACACUUAUUGUCAAACCUACUGUAGGAGAAGGGGACCUUUGCCGCACCCCUGUGAUGGCAGAUGACAUUCAGAUUGAUAUUGUACCAGCAGAAAAGGUUGAAAUCCUAGACUUCAUUGGAGGUGGAGGCUUUGGUGAGAUUCACACAGCAAGACAUAAAGAAUGGAAAAUCAUUGUUGCCAUAAAGAUCUUGCGACCAGUUGGGAUUGAUAUUCAGAAUGCAGACGUUUUGCUUGCAGAGGCACGUAUGAUGAACCGAAUCCGGUUCCAACACGUGUUGCGUAUGCUUGGCAUUUACCAGGAAAAGAUGCAGGAUACCCUCAAACUAGGCAUUGUAAUGGAGUACAUGGAAAAUGGAUCACUCAGCAGCCUUCUUGUGAAAGUGGUUCCAGUACCGUGGGCUCUCCGGUUUCGCAUCCUGUAUGAAGUGGCGCUUGGGAUGAACUACCUGCAUGGGCUGGACCCACCUCUUCUGCAUCUAGAUCUGAAACCUAGCAACAUACUUCUAGAUGAAAGCUUCCAUGUUAAGCUGACAGAUUUUGGACUAUCUAGAUGGAAGAUGGCUUCUGUCUCGUCUUUGAAUGGAGAGAGCAGUGUCGGUGGAACACUGGAAUACAUGGCACCAGAAGUUCUGAGUAAUUUGAAUCAUAAGCCAACUCUGGCAAUGGACAUUUAUAGCUAUGGAAUUCUGAUGUGGUCUGUUCUAACUGCUAAGCAACCCUACAGUGAAGCUAGAUGCAGUUCCUUGAUCAAAAUGGCCAUUCCAACUGGACAACGACCAGAUACCUCAUAUCUUGCUGCCCCAGAAAUCCCAGAAGAACUGAAAGAAUUAAUGGAAAAGUGUUGGUGCAAUGAUCCCAAAGAGAGACCAAACUUCAAAGAAUGCAUUGAAAAGACAAGUGAGGUGUUUCAAAAACAUAAAUGUGUGAUCCAAGAUGAUGUACGCAGAGUACAAGAUGUUAUGAGCAAAAUGGCGACCAGUGCCUGCUACCCCAGUAUGGAGGAACGUAUGGCUAGAAUGAACCUGGACAGGACGUUUGAGCAAACUGGCUCCAAACCAAAGAGACUGUCCAGCCAAAUCGAAACUCCAAGCUCUGAAUUCCGCUCACCAUCAAUGCCACAGUUAGCUGAGGCUCGGGUCAGGACAUCCCCGCAGGAGGAUACAUAUCAAGGGUCCAUGCCGAUGAGGCUCUCUAGUCAAGAGGAACCUCCUCGCUUUGUGCCUGCCCCACCAAUGGAGCAGAGGCCAGAAGAGAUUCACAAAAGAGAAUAUAUACAACAAAAUACAUCCCAAGGUACAGUGCCUUUAGGACCAUAUAGAUGUCCAAUGCCUUCAGUUCCUCAACCUUUUCUAUCACCACCAUCAUAUAUUCCUGAGAGACAUUCAACCAUUGUUCAACAAGGUACACAGAUAACAUUUGCAGGAAGUAGUAUUAAAAAUGUUCAAAUCGGUAACAACAACUUAAUGGAGAUUUACACGACAAAGAAAAAGAAGAAGAAGAAGAAGAAAGAAUAGUGAUAAAAAAACAAGGACCAUAGCCUUUCAAAUCUUUAUCCUCAGCCUUUAAUUGAAACUGUCAGGACUUGCACACUUUUUGUAAUUCUACCCAUUUGUGAAACGAGGCGCAUCAGAGCAGAAUCUGUGAAAACUUUCUCAGGACAUCAAAACAAGAAAUGAUCUAUUUGGAACAGUGUCUCCAUGUCUGUCUCUCCCCAGUUUUGCAUAUCCUGCAAAAAUUACACUGCUUUCUGGACACGUCACUUCUCCACCUGUAUUUUCAGUUCCUUCUCUCUGAAAAUUGAUUUGCAUCAUAUAGAAUGAAAGUUGAGUAUUUGCUUGAA